CUUGGAGAUAUUGAACAGUCUGCCAUCCUGGGUUCCAACCAAGGUUUAAAGCAAGAGUACAUUAAUACGCUAACAUCUUACCUCAGCCCAGUCCUCCAGCCUCGUUACACUGGAUGGAAGAAAUGUUACCAGGCAACUGUUGAUGACUGGGAGCCAUCGAGCUUUCGUGUCAAAUGCACAUAUAAAGGCCCCACUGUUACCAUAGUCCGUUAUGGCAACUACAUCCUCGGUGGGUACACCAGCUAUACUUGGAAACGUGAGUACCAGCUUUUGUUGCCCUUGCUGCCUCUUUGUCAAGUGCAUGCUGACACAAUUGUCACAAGACCCAAAGAGACGAUCACGUGUACGUAUCUACUAGCUAUCCCGUUUUAUGCAACAAGGACGUAGGGCCUUUUUUCUCAACCAAAUGUUUCUCUGUUCAUUUGAUUUUUUUGGUGGAAUUAUAUAUGAGAUUAAGUUUGGGCCCCCCUAUCUUCUUGCUGUCAGAUUGUUAGCUACGGUCCUCAACCCUUGGGUUUCAAGGCAUCUAUGUCUGCGGUUGGGGAGGGGAGAGACAUACUUUUGUGAUUAUCUGCAUAUAUGACGCAUGUGCAUGAGAGCAUAUGCCAUAAUAAUUACUUUCUGUCCCUACUGUCACCUAGAGGACUAUUUUACUACAUACUGAAGUUUCCAAAUUUAGUUUCUUCAUGAUGAAAAGAGUGGCAUGAUCCCUCCUUGGUCCUAGAAUUUGCAAUGUCCUUUACUUUUAAAAUUGCCUUUUUUGGCUAAGCUUGUUUUUGUGUGUUUAUAUGCAGCUCAUAAAAAGUAAAUUUGGUGCAAGUGAUAUUAUUAAUAUUUAGUGGUUGUUCAUUUUCUUUUCCAGCAAGGUCCGUUUUGAUUACUCUUUUCUUUUUCACUUCCAAUUUCAUAUUGUUUUUGAUCCCUAGUAGUCUAAAAAACGGGCAAACCAUUCCUUUCUACGACCUUUCCCAACUGAAAACUAGACAAGUUCGAGUUUAUUGUACCCUCCAGAAUACCACCUAAUGUCUAUACGGUUACUAGCAUUUUGAUCUGUUGCUUUGAGAGCAUAAAUCGUCUUUUAAAAUGCACAACAGGUCAUUAUAGUAAACGGUAAUUCUUAUAGCACGCAAUGGUCCCUGUAAAUAUAACUUGAUAACAAGAAGAAUUUUUCAAUGUUGAUAGGUGUGUAUGGAUAUUCAAGUAGUUACAAAACAGAUUCAAAGGCAUUUCUUUUUACGUUAUACAACACUGGGGGACACAAGCCAGAAAAACUGCCGAUCAAAUCUAGCACGUACGCAAUCUAUGACAGCUACUCUUACAAUCCAACAUUUGGUCGCUAUCAAUAUCCUACCGGACACGAUUUACGUGUUUACUGGUCAUCUGUUUAUGUUAAUUGCCACUCGUACGCCUGCCCACAGCAUCCGUUCGCUUCGAAAACCUCCUUCUCUGCAAAUGAAGUCGAAGUAUUCUAUGAAUCAACUCUGACAGGUAUAUUAAUUUGAUUUCUUUUUGGUUUGAGAAUAACUAUAUAAAUGACAAACAAGGGAACUUAUACACCAUCAUUAUAGAAAUCAUCGUAAUCAUAAUAGUUUUGAUUGGCUUGAAAACACAAGUUAAUUUAAUUUUGAUCUCAACUUUCUAACUCUAUGAACCGCUCGCUCAAAUCAGUGAAUAGUAAUUUCGCGCGUUUUGAUUGGCUCCCGUAUAUCUUUGGCUAUUCACCUUUUUGCGACCGGAGCCAAGAUGGCGCCUCGUUUCGAGACAUUUUCGGAAGACGAAAUUUGACCGAUAAAUGAAACAGUCGUACUAACAAUUACCAACUUCGGCUUGUCGGUGUUUACUGGUAGGUAGAAAAUUAUUUUCAUGUUUGAUUUGCGGCAAAAUUGUAAAAAUGCACUUGACAAAAACCUCGAAAUGUCUGUAAAUUGUAAACAAAGUUCCUAAUAAGUGACUUUUUUAAUUUACAAAAAGUUCCUUUUUUUAAUUUUUAUCCAACUGAUCUGGUGAAUAAUAAAACAACUAUAGGGUCGGUGAACAGCGCCACAUAUAUAUUGCUUCGACGCUGGGGAAAGUUGUAUACUAGAAUGCAAAACGAAGUAUCGUGAUAUUUUUUCAUAAAAAAAAUAUCAACGUGACUUGGUGUUUCUAAAUCAACAUAAUUUUCUUUCUUCGAAACUGUCCCUCAAUACGAAUUAUCAGAAAACAGAAAAACAACAACAACAAAAAAAUACAGGCAAAUGUACUGUCACAGUAUUAACAGGCCAACUAUUUCAUUUCUGAUGGGGUGGGGGGAGGGUUUUUGGGUGAAUUUAGUGUUGCCAAUUAUUUUUUUCAACGCCUUCAUUCAUCAUGAAUUUUUUUCUGGAGCAUUUUCUUGCAUCAGAUGUUUUUUUUCUGCCUCCAACAUGGAGAAAUUACCACUAUUCAUUAUUAUUCCAUCCAGUUUCUACAACAUUCCCAUAUCUCGGAAAGAUUUCGAGUGGGGGUAUUUUUUUUUAGGUAUUUUAUUUAUUUGCCGCACGAUUACAAUAAUUACAAAAAGAUGCCAAAGAAAAAUUGUAGGAAGAGAUGGCGAGGAGGCCUAAAAGAAACUAUAGAGCUUAUGUUAAUUAGGCCUCCUCAAUUACAAUUUUUCGAAGAUGGCAUAAAAAUUACGGCGACGGAUACAAUAUAAUAUCAGGUGAAAAAAAGCUUUCGUGUCAAAUGCACAUAUAAAGGCCCCACUGUUACCAUAGUCCGUUAUGGCAACUACAUCCUCGGUGGGUACACCAGCUAUACUUGGAAACGUGAGUACCAGCUUUUGUUGCCCUUGCUGCCUCUUUGUCAAGUGCAUGCUGACACAAUUGUCACAAGACCCAAAGAGACGAUCACGUGUACGUAUCUACUAGCUAUCCCGUUUUAUGCAACAAGGACGUAGGGCCUUUUUUCUCAACCAAAUGUUUCUCUGUUCAUUUGAUUUUUUUGGUGGAAUUAUAUAUGAGAUUAAGUUUGGGCCCCCCUAUCUUCUUGCUGUCAGAUUGUUAGCUACGGUCCUCAACCCUUGGGUUUCAAGGCAUCUAUGUCUGCGGUUGGGGAGGGGAGAGACAUACUUUUGUGAUUAUCUGCAUAUAUGACGCAUGUGCAUGAGAGCAUAUGCCAUAAUAAUUACUUUCUGUCCCUACUGUCACCUAGAGGACUAUUUUACUACAUACUGAAGUUUCCAAAUUUAGUUUCUUCAUGAUGAAAAGAGUGGCAUGAUCCCUCCUUGGUCCUAGAAUUUGCAAUGUCCUUUACUUUUAAAAUUGCCUUUUUUGGCUAAGCUUGUUUUUGUGUGUUUAUAUGCAGCUCAUAAAAAGUAAAUUUGGUGCAAGUGAUAUUAUUAAUAUUUAGUGGUUGUUCAUUUUCUUUUCCAGCAAGGUCCGUUUUGAUUACUCUUUUCUUUUUCACUUCCAAUUUCAUAUUGUUUUUGAUCCCUAGUAGUCUAAAAAACGGGCAAACCAUUCCUUUCUACGACCUUUCCCAACUGAAAACUAGACAAGUUCGAGUUUAUUGUACCCUCCAGAAUACCACCUAAUGUCUAUACGGUUACUAGCAUUUUGAUCUGUUGCUUUGAGAGCAUAAAUCGUCUUUUAAAAUGCACAACAGGUCAUUAUAGUAAACGGUAAUUCUUAUAGCACGCAAUGGUCCCUGUAAAUAUAACUUGAUAACAAGAAGAAUUUUUCAAUGUUGAUAGGUGUGUAUGGAUAUUCAAGUAGUUACAAAACAGAUUCAAAGGCAUUUCUUUUUACGUUAUACAACACUGGGGGACACAAGCCAGAAAAACUGCCGAUCAAAUCUAGCACGUACGCAAUCUAUGACAGCUACUCUUACAAUCCAACAUUUGGUCGCUAUCAAUAUCCUACCGGACACGAUUUACGUGUUUACUGGUCAUCUGUUUAUGUUAAUUGCCACUCGUACGCCUGCCCACAGCAUCCGUUCGCUUCGAAAACCUCCUUCUCUGCAAAUGAAGUCGAAGUAUUCUAUGAAUCAACUCUGACAGGUAUAUUAAUUUGAUUUCUUUUUGGUUUGAGAAUAACUAUAUAAAUGACAAACAAGGGAACUUAUACACCAUCAUUAUAGAAAUCAUCGUAAUCAUAAUAGUUUUGAUUGGCUUGAAAACACAAGUUAAUUUAAUUUUGAUCUCAACUUUCUAACUCUAUGAACCGCUCGCUCAAAUCAGUGAAUAGUAAUUUCGCGCGUUUUGAUUGGCUCCCGUAUAUCUUUGGCUAUUCACCUUUUUGCGACCGGAGCCAAGAUGGCGCCUCGUUUCGAGACACUUCGGAAGACGAAAUUUGACCGAUAAAUGAAACAGUCGUACUAACAAUUACCAACUUCGGCUUGUCGGUGUUUACUGGUAGGUAGAAAAUUAUUUUCAUGUUUGAUUUGCGGCAAAAUUGUAAAAAUGCACUUGACAAAAACCUCGAAAUGUCUGUAAAUUGUAAACAAAGUUCCUAAUAAGUGACUUUUUUAAUUUACAAAAAGUUCCUUUUUUUAAUUUUUAUCCAACUGAUCUGGUGAAUAAUAAAACAACUAUAGGGUCGGUGAACAGCGCCACAUAUAUAUUGCUUCGACGCUGGGGAAAGUUGUAUACUAGAAUGCAAAACGAAGUAUCGUGAUAUUUUUUCAUAAAAAAAAUAUCAACGUGACUUGGUGCUUCUAAAUCAACAUAAUUUUCUUUCUUCGAAACUGUCCCUCAAUACGAAUUAUCAGAAAACAGAAAAACAACAACAACAAAAAAAUACAGGCAAAUGUACUGUCACAGUAUUAACAGGCCAACUAUUUCAUUUCUGAUGGGGUGGGGGGAGGGUUUUUGGGUGAAUUUAGUGUUGCCAAUUAUUUUUUUCAACGCCUUCAUUCAUCAUGAAUUUUUUUCUGGAGCAUUUUCUUGCAUCAGAUGUUUUUUUUCUGCCUCCAACAUGGAGAAAUUACCACUAUUCAUUAUUAUUCCAUCCAGUUUCUACAACAUUCCCAUAUCUCGGAAAGAUUUCGAGUGGGGGUAUUUUUUUUUAGGUAUUUUAUUUAUUUGCCGCACGAUUACAAUAAUUACAAAAAGAUGCCAAAGAAAAAUUGUAGGAAGAGAUGGCGAGGAGGCCUAAAAGAAACUAUAGAGCUUAUGUUAAUUAGGCCUCCUCAAUUACAAUUUUUCGAAGAUGGCAUAAAAAUUACGGCGACGGAUACAAUAUAAUAUCAGGUGAAAAAUUAAACUAAUCAAUAUUACGGAAGUUUACAAAUGUUGAAUAUUAAAAGGCUUUUUCCCAAGAUUUUUGUUGGAGUAUAUAUACUAAUAAUUAUUACAAAUAAAUGCCUUAAGUGCUCUUUUAAAGGAGAAAGGUGAGGAAGCGUUGAUGAUGUUGGUGUUUAAGGUGUUGUAAAAUUUAGGUCCUUGAUAAAAAAAACGGAAAAUUGUUUGGUUCGAGAACGACGGAAAGGCAGACGAAAUUUACCCGAGUUUCUUGUAUUAUACGAAUGAAUUUGACUUUGUAAGGAAAAUUUACAAUGAAAUUUUAAAGGUAGAGUAUGGUUUUGAUAGGAGUACAUGAAUAAGCCUAGUUGUAUAAAGUAUAUAUCAUGAAAUUUUAAGAUACCAAGAUUUUGAAAGAUUGGGGGUUGGGACUAAGCGCAGUAAAUUAUCGCUUGCUGCAUGAGAAUUUGAUGUUGUGCUAGAAAUAGAAAAUCCCAAACCAAAGAAAAUUGGACCUUCGUAAGAAAACUUUAAAAGUUUUCAUUGGUCACGAAAUUCUGGGAUUUUAUAAUACACUGUCUCCUCAAUCGCCCCACGGAAAGUUUAAGAAGAUCUAUUUACGGAAUUUUAGUUUUAUCGCUGUUUUUGUGAGAGUUACCUUAUAAAUUACAAUUGCGUUUUACCCUGAUUCACACGUUUUGGCACGUUUUUUAAAAUUGCUUAAGUCUUCUUGUGUUCAACGGCUUGUAGGAUGUAUGAAGAUGAUUUGUUUUUUAUCCAAAAUGUCGCUUUUAGAUUUGUGUGAAAUUUUAAAGGAGAGAAGAAAAGACCCCAAAGUAUACGUAGCGUAAAAACUUUCCGAAAAAUACCGAUAAGUAUAGGUAAUAGCAUGAUUUGUAGUGAUAUUUGACAUAAAUACCACGAGUGAUAUUUCGAGAUUGUUAUACAUGAUUUCACGAGCCGUUAGGCGAGUGAAAUUUGAGACAAUUUGGAAAUAUCACAAGUGGUAUUUAUACCAAAUAUUAUGUACAAAUCAUGCUAUUAUUUAUUUAUACUACUACCCGCAAAGGUUUUGUAAUUUUCACAUGUAGGUAUUUUAAAUUAAGCUGAAAUACCACUGCUCUAAGCCAAUCAAAUUGCAGAAAUUUCUCAUGUAGUAGUAUAAGGGCUAAAAUUCGAUUUUAAGCUAAAACAAUUGUGACGUCAUUGUAAUAUUUAUUCUGGACCCCCCCAUAUUUACAUAGUAUCAUAGUGUUAUCAGAUUUAGUGUAAGUGUUAAUACAUCUGUUUUAAUGGAUUUUACAAUAAAGAUCAAUUUUUUCAAAGUAUAAGAGAUCCAAACAUGAAGGUGUGUCUACAAAAAUACUGGGUCGAGCCACUUAAAUGUAAGAUCUUUCAUCUAUAUGAGUGAUGUUGUUUUAAGAGUUUCCCUUCUAUUUUUCGUAGACUCUGAGACUAUUGAGGACUCGGCCAUCCUCAGUUCAAACUCCACUAUGAGGCAAGCAUACAUCGACAAAUUGGCAUCAUACCUUGCUCCUGUCUUACAGUCUGGAUCUACUGGGUGGCGGAAAUGUUACCAGGCAACAGUUCAUGGUUGGGAUACCAAAAAUUUCCAUUUUAGGUGCAACUACAAGGGCCCCACAGUAACUAUUGUCCGCUUUGGGAAAUACAUCUUUGGUGCCUAUGCUAGCGUUUCGUGGCAAGGUAAGCUGACAGGAGAGAAUCAUUGAUGAUGUCUGAGUUAAACUGAAUUUAACGACGUUGAGUUGCAAAGCAUCAAAAAAGAACAACAACAACAUCGAGAACAAAGUAAAACUGAAAAAAACUAUUGCAGAAACAAAAAAGGGCCGGUUAUUUAAACCAAGUUUAGACAGUGUUUAUGAAAGUCACCUUCCAACCCAUGUUUAAACUAUGAAUACCGAUCAUUUAAUGCCCUGCAAGUAGUGGUUUCUCCAGGCCGGACGCUAUACGCUACGAAGGGAGAGAAACCACUGCGAGCAUCCGUCUGCUUCUUUGAUCGAGCCACCGUCCAGCGCUAUGGACGAAUAAAUUAACUUUAAACAUGUAAAUCCUGUUUGAAAGCAAGUUUAGGCUCUCGCGUCUUUGCUUACGCUUAUAUACAAUUGCUGCCUUAACGCGAGCCUGCAGUGAAUAUACAGUAUUUCUUUGGAUUAUUUAUGCCUAUCUACUUACUUUGUCAAAUGUAGGCGAUUCCAAAUGGAGUUGAAUUCCAAGGGACCAUGUCCAAGUUCAAGAGCGAAAAGGAGAAUAAAUUUCGUCGUUGCUUGUUUACGAUAUCCAUAAAACGCAAAAUUAGGCAUCUUCACGUCGUAGUCGGGCAAAAAUGGCAAAGAAAUACAAAAAUAAAAGCGUGAUGCACGUGCAAAGUUGUUUUUUUGCUUAUUAAACCUAUUGUUUUGCUGAAGCUCUCGUUGCCGUCUUCUCGUUGGAUAUUCGUAGUCAUCACGUGGGCGCGCAUGCUCGAUGGAAAAGCAAACGGUUGCUCGCGGUGGUUCGAAGCGUAGCGUCCGGCCUUGCAAACCACUGCUCGCAGGGUAAUUAUUUAAACGCUGUUCUUUCGUAACCUUGUUUAGACGGUGUCUUAGUACCGACUAAGAAACAAUAGAAAGUUAACAUUAAACUGCUCAAAGGUAGGUUUAAACGUUGUUAACGGUUUUUUCAAGGGCAUCCAUUUUGAAAUGACCUGAAAUAGAGGGAAUAUUGCGCAACAGAGAGUUAGGAAGAAAGCAGACCACGACGAUCGACACAAUAUAUACAUGUUCAACAAAUUCUGCACCUUAGGGACAGAUUUUACCCUUUCCGAUUUCCGAUUGCGUUUUCGCCUUAGAAAGACUCGGUUUACUGACCUCUUAAAAAUUUUGGAUAAAGUUCUUUCAACACUAUACAGGGAGAGGUCUGCAACUUACAACGUGGCUACAAGUUUUAUUGCUGAGAUUUUAUACAACAUUUGUCAGGGGUGAACUUUGGAGCAGGUCAUUGGCCAUUUAUUUGGUGUUUCUGUAUUUUCUGCAUGCACUGAACCAUUCAUAAGGUUUCAAUGGCUAUCGCGAAACGAAAAGAACAUUCACUGUCAUUCCCUGAGAACUUGCAAAAUAUACCAAGAGAAAGUAUCAUUUUUGGGGGGGGAGGGGGGGGCGUUCGAAAAUUACUGUACCCCUGACUACGCUUGUUUUCUGUCCUUUUUCAUGUCAUUUGCUUCUUUAAUUUCCUGCAAAUAAUAACUUCAAGAUCACUAAAAGCUUUUCCUCCGCUAGACUUUCUUGCUUAACGACUUUGUAACUCAUGUUCUUUUUGGAUUGAAAUUAACUUAGACUUCGUUUAAAUAGUCGGCCCAAGUAGUUUCAAUACCUUCUAAUUUCUUCCUGAGUUUUUUUAAAGUUUAAAACAAGACCUGCAAGGUUUUAUCAAGGUUAAGAUAUAAAUUUGAGCGAGAAGUGCGAUACUUUUUAGACUUGAACAUCUUCAAAACCUCCUCAUCACGCCUUUUUGUUUUCAGCGGUAUUGCUAUAGAAUGAAAUUCUCUUUUUAAAACGCGUUGUUUGGAAAUGAUAAACAAAUAAAGCAAAUCCGAUAACAACGGUUGUUGAGAAUAGUUCUGUAAAUUCCGUCAUUCCUUGUGCAGCUUUGAAGUACCCAGUUGAAGCGUCUAGUUACCUGUUGUCCGAAACAAAUAACGCUAUGCGAGCAAAAUAUGUUCCAUUAGUUGUCACUAAACCGAAUUGCGAUACAGCAUAGUUGGCACCGAUUCCUUUUACUGAAUUACUGACUAAUAAGAGUCAUUUGUAACUCAUUUACCAAAUAAUGGUUCCUUAAUGCUUCAAAUAUAAUCAGUAGGAAAAAAAAUCUCGAAAGCUCUCUAAGCGACUUGCCCUCCAUACUUUUGUUGUAUACGGUCGGUUAUGAGAGCCCAUUCUCGUAACAGACUUGCUCUAGUUUUGACCACUUUUGUUCACUCCAGAGGUAGUGACUUAGUGUCUAAAAUAACCGAGCGAUUUCUCACGAUCAGAUCGGCCGAGGGCUUUUGAUGCACGAUAAGAUUUUAUACUAUGAUGCGAACUACGCGCGCUGUGAUUGGUCGUUGCUCAUGAUCUAUUACAGUGCAUUAUGCAUGGAUGGCGUCACAAAAGUUUUGUUUAACCUGGCGCGCGGUUUUAAAAAUGUUUGUGAGAUUAUUUCGGAUUUAGCAAGUGAAAGCUUCGUUAAAGUUUAGCAGGAGCUAUUUCCAAAGAAGAAAAACGAAGGAAUGGAGACAAAAAGAGCUCCUGACAACUGGAGGAUGCCUAAACUACAAGAAAUCUUCACAACAGUUGCCAUCGUGUGUCGUCGCUAAGAGAGAUCAGAUUCACAGUUUUGCAAAAUGUUUUCGCGAUCAUUCUACUUUGAGCAAGUGAAGGCGUUGGAAAACUCUCCACAGAAACUGUAUACAAGUAAGAUAAAGAAGAAAACCACAUUUUGACGUCAUAGAUGUUAUCUGUUACUGAACAGACCCACUACAACAUGAAUCUAUUUGUUUUAUUUUUUACAAAGAAAGUGAAGAAAAAAAAAAGACAUACACAAACUUGCCUCGUACCGCUUUACUUUUCAGGAUUUGUGCUAGUUAAAGUACAUUUUAAAAGUCCCAAAGUGGCUAAUUUUCAUCUUUGCUUCUUCUUUUCUAUUAUUUUGAUAAGUAGACCAUCCGUGGAAAUGACGUUAUGCCGGGUGGUGCAAUCUGUGUUUUUUCCUUGUUGCACGCUAUUUCCUGAGAAACUGUAAUGGCAAAGGACAAAUAUGAAAGAGUUCUCCAUGGUCUUUACUGUUAUCAAAAUAUUCAAAGCUUUGCAGUGAAACCACGCACAGGCGGCUCGUUGUUCCACUUGAGUUUUGAUCUCAUAUAUUAGGGUUUCUUUUGCUGCACGUCGAGGACCUCCUCCCCCCUCCCCCCUGAAACUGUGAUUUUAACUAUUAUAUGUUGUUUAUUUUGUAAUCUUUUUUCUUUCAAUAACAGGUAAAAUCUACGUUUUAUGUGGAUACAGAAAGGAUACUAAAUCGUUCCUUUUCACCCUGCAUAACACCAAUGGCUACUACCCGGAGAAACUGGCAUUAACGGAGAGCCAAUAUGCUAUCUAUGACUGCCAUUCAAACUUUCCUAGAUUUGGAUCGGAUUUAAGGUUGCAACCAACUAGUACGACCUCAUAUGCCAAUAGUGGCUGUCACGCUUAUGCUUGUGCAAACUACCCACUUAUCUCCCCAACUUCCUUCAAACCAGACGAAAUUGAAGUAUUCAAUGAAGAAGCUCCACCAGGUACGUCUAUGAAAAUGUUUCUGAUUUAACCCUUAUUCAAAUGCUAUACUACCUUAUUAUUAUUAUUAUUAUUAUUAUUAUUCAUUAUGGCCUGACCAUAAAUGGACUUUUUUGUGUGUCACAGAUAGGACAGUUUAAAUUAUUAGGGGAUCAGAAGUAAAAUUGAUUAUAAUAGCUUAAUAUGUCAGUCUGAGUCCUUUUGCUCGUGUGAAAUAAAUUUCACGUAUCUAGUUUAAGAAGCUCAUCUACCUCGAGGAAAAUGCAAAGUUUAACAUUGCAAACUUGCAAUCUCCACACACAAUUAGAAAGGCCAACAAAAUCCAUUGCCAGGCCCUCUAAAUGAAGACAUGAUCUCUCGGCGAUAACCUGAGAUCAGGCCCAAUUUUAGCAGUUCUCAUAUAUUCUCUCUUGCGUAGUCGCGCUAAAAUUGAGUGUGAUACAAAGUCUCUCACGCAUGUGCUUGCUGCGGCCAGAUUUUGGCCGCAACGCUAAUUGGCUGUUAUAGAACAAUGUCAUAGGAUCUGAUUGGCUGUUGGAAUCACUGGAAGUUGAAAGCGCUUAUUCCUUGCAUGGCUGUAGCACUCAAAAAUCUUCGCGAAUGAUCCGCCGUCAGCGGAGAGAUAAGGAUUUUGCUGUCUUUUUUAUUGUUUUUCGGUCUUGUAGCGGGAAAAUAUGCUAAAAUAUGUGCCAUGGGUAUUCAGAAAAUUCAGAUGGUUGUGCAUAUGUUCUCAGGAUUUGCUUAAUUUACGGAACUAAAUGUGAAUGUAUCGCGGAGUCGAAUACCUCUGCAGGUUGUCAACCUCCAACAAGGUGCCUUUUGAGUUACGAAUAAACGAGCGCAAGUCUAAAUACUGUCCAUAAUUAAAACUGGUUUCAUUUCUAGAAAGUUUCGCUCGUUGCCUGUUUCAUGCAGUUUUAGUUGUGUCAUUUCGUCUCAAGGUGGCAGAUGAUAUUUAACUGGACUUAUACAUAAAGUAUCUGCAGACAGUACUUUUUUUUCUUUAAAUAAUUUAUUUACAGAUCGCCAGAAAGCAAGAGAGAAUGAGCUAUGAGAGCGAAUCCCUCUGCCCCAUGAUAAUUUUUUUAAAUCUAUUUGAAGUUCGCGCGCGUGCUGCGAAGGUUAUUUUUGUCUGCUGUUUCCGUGACCCAUAGUAAUUAGCGCCAGGAGCCGAUACUAAUCGGCUCCUGUUGUUGACAUGUUUUUGAUCAGCUCAUAAUUAAGGAAUGAAUUUCAUUUACAAAGGGAUUGCAGUAUUGAGUCAAAAUUUCACUUUGAGAUUAAAGAUUGAGAUUUUCUAACGGCCGGAAGCCUCAUUUAAAGUGACGAAUAUUGAAUUCUGACACAAAGUGAAAGCCAGCGGCAAAGGUUAUCACGCGCGAAACACGAAACCUUUAAUUAGUGGCUGGCUUUAAUUGUUUAUGCAAAUGUGCAAGAUCUUUUUUCUCUUUUUCCAGGAAUAUUUUUCGUUCAGAAACAGUACAUUUGCUUUUAAGAAAUAUUCUUCAGCGUUUCAAACUGCACUACUUCUUCUUAACGUCUAAUACUUGCGAUGAAUAUUUCGUUGUGCAAACACAAAUCAGGUCAGAUGCUUCAAGCUGUUAAACAGUUUCUAACCUGGAUGCUAGAGAGUUUUGAUGCGCAGUUUCCGGUUUCGGUCAAUUCUUUACAGUGAGCGGUGUGCCCACAUUUGUCUAGCGUCCUCACAAACUUCGCGGCCAAACAUUAUGUUUGAACCCACUUUGAACCUAUUUUCUCCUUACGUGUCCACGGUUGGAUCCAAACGACGUUAUCACAGCUCGCGGGUAAUCGUGGAUGUCGCCGGACGAGACAGUUGUCGUUUUUGCAAUAGGAUGUUGAUUGUUUAUAUAUUGAUGUAGGGAAGACCGCAAUAAGCAGUUUUCGCCGAGUCGGAACCGCUUUCUCCAGCGAACUCUCACAAGCAAGGACCGUUUUGCUCUUCGUCAGCUACUCUGGCCAGAUUUUUCCACGUAUAAAUCUUUUGACUCGUCGACGAAAGUAAUACCAAGUUUGCACGUCAUAUCGCCUGCUGUGCGUGAUCGGCAGUGAAAUAAAUCACCUGCCAAGUUUAAAAUUACAUGACGCCACUCUAACCGACCAAUAAGGUGGCGUCCUUAAAAUAACCACGCAGUAUGACACAGAACCUAGAAUAGAUUGAAAAUAAUUUUCACGGAAAGAGGGUCAUGUAUGGGGUAUUUGCUCUCUUAGAUCAUUCAUUCUCUCUUGCCAGAAAGUUGUUACAAUCAAGUGUAGUUUGAAUAAAUUGGAAAUGGCAGGGUGGGGCUGGGUUAGUGGAAUGCGGUCACUGGGACCCAGGCCCCCGAGUUACAAUGGAAUUUCGGAGAGAUAAGAAAUAAGAUCUAAGGACCCGAGGUUUUGGCGGCCCUAUAGAGUUCAAAUGUGUGCAGCCUACUUCCUCGGGAAUAAUAAUAAUUAUCAUGAUUUACUGUGCUAAUCACGGAAUACAAUGAUAUAGCUAAGUUUUUGGCGGCCCUUUAAAGUUCUCUGAUAUGCCGCCUACUUUCUCGGGUGUUACCUAAAUUCUACUGGACUGGCGAAGUCCUAAUGUUGAACAAUAUUAUUACGUUCCUUAGGGGGAGCGGUCCCAGGAGCUGGGGAGGCCCCGUGAGCGAAAGUACUGCCAGGCGAGCGCGAUCGAGCGCGGCAAGCCAAAAAUAUUAAAAUGAGAAGAUCGUCUCGCCUUCUUUUUGAAAACUUUUUACCUUCUACGCCAACAGAAAAAAUCUCAAGAUCUCCUUUAAUCUCGCUAGAAGUUUAAUAUGACUGCACUGACUGUUUUAUUUUUAGUUGAAAAAAGUUAAAGGCAAAAGCUAAUUUUUCAAGUCAGCAAAUCUGUAUUGUGUUCCCGCGUAUGAAAAAUUUGCACACUAAAAGAAGCUUGCAAAGGAAGCUAAUUUUAGUUGACUGAUUCGGCAAAUGUCAAUUAAUCAAGAAAGAUGGCAGCAGACGUUUCGUAGAAAGUUUGUAUCAGGCUCUCUGUUCGUUUCGCCUCGCCCCCCGGAAUGUUAUUUACAGAACGAAACCAUAUCAGGUUACUUGGUGAUCGAUCAAAGGGGCUGGAUGGAAGCCGGGAAUAUGUCACGUGCAUUUUUUGCUAAAAUCACAUUGAAUAAAUGUCAGUAGUAUAUUUUGACCGAAUGACCUGGGUGUUUGGGGUUUAAUCAACUUUUGUGUAAAAUACAAUAAUAUCAGCUAAGUUGACGUCAUAGCCUUGUGUCUGUAUCUCAUGAACAAGAUGCGGUCGAAUCUCAUUAAUUUAAAGUGAAGUGAUGGUUGUAAAGGAAAAACAAUUAAAAUUGUGGUGGUGGUGGAGGAAAAAAACAAUAAAAAUGCUGAUGUGGUGGUGGUAGUGGAGGAAGAAAAGUGGAAAAUGAGGUGGACGAGGAGUAAUGACAGUAAAAAUGAGGAGGAGGGAAAACAAAGGAAAUGUGGUGGUGGUGGUGGUAUAUGGCUUCACUAUAAUGAAACCGUGUUGAAAUGAAGGUUGACACAUAAUUACUGUGGGGUCGAUGUAGAGCCGAUAAUGUGCACGUGCUUUCCAUUCAAUAUAAAAAGCGGCAAUUAAAUAAAAAAACCCGAAUAAUUCGGUGCCUUCUAUAUUACUUAUGUCAAAAUCCAUUACUUGAUAAAGUGUCCAGGAAGAAAUCGAAAGCUUGUGCUUAAGGUAAAAAAAAAAAACUAUUUUGAUUCUUGUUAUAUUGCGCAGAGGACAUUGUUAACUCGACUAUCCUGAGCUGGGAUGCUGACAUGAGACAGACAUACAUCGACCAGUUGAUAUCCUACCUGGACUCUGUCCUCACGUCGGGUUCAGUAGGAUGGAAAAAGUGUUACCAGGCAUCAGUUCAUGGUUGGGACUCUGAAACCUUCCAUUAUACGUGCUACAAUAAGGGUCCAACCGUUUUUAUUGUCCGGUAUGGGGACUACAUCUUUGGUGGUUACACUAGCAUUUCGUGGAAAGGUAAAUGUUUCAAUAGAAUCCGUUACAGUAUAUUUUUACAGUCAUUCAGGACAACUACCAUUGAAUAAAAGCGAAAUCAAUUUUUACGGGAUUUUUUUGUUUUGUUUUAACGGCAGAAAAAAGACCGUAAUAGUUUUUAAUGAUACUUUUGUAUAUCUGUAAAAUCAUAACAUUUUUUCUCUUCACUGGUUUCAUUUUUCUUUUUUUUUAACGAAGUUAAGUGCCCAGGUGGGUGAAUCUUUUGAUGUUCGUCACGUGAACAAAGCUAACCCAAAAGCUAAAAUUUAAGGGUCGUGGCCUAAUGGGUUUACUUACGAAUUCACUUACAUAUUGCACCGUGUCGGAAUUAAAACUUUCCUAGUUGCGCUGCGUGAAAGUGAGAACCGAUGUGGAAGAAAAGAAAGCUCUGUUACGUUAGGGGGAGUGUUAAAAGUCGUUGGACCAUUGUAGCAACAAGAAAAAUAUCUUAUGGAGAUGUACACAGAAAAUUGCUCAAAAAUGCUAAAAUUACCGAAAGAAGCCACAAUAGUUAUCUACUGCCGUAUUAAUAUAUUUUUGACAGCAGCUACGCAUAAAACUAUAUUUCGCAGGUUAAGUCUGUAUGGUUCUUUAAAUACGUACUGAUAAGAGUUUGUUCAUGUACUAUUUUUAACAGGUGUGCGUGGACGUUCGAAUUCUUGUAACUCCAGGAGUGAUAGUAAAGCGUUUCUGUUUACGCUGUACAACACUAACGGCUCCUUUCCGGAGAAACUGGCAGUAACAAAUAACCACGCCAUCUAUGACUGUUACUGGUAUAUUGCCGCGUUUGGUAGUGGACACGAUUUAAGGCUGUAUAACGGGAGACAUAAUUCGACCAUUAGAUGUGGAUACUCCUACCCUUGUCCUCAGUAUUCAUUCCUUCCACAGACCUACUUUAUACCAAGUGAAAUCGAAGUAUUCUAUGAAGCAACUACGUAG